UUUUCUAGCUGAGAAAAAGAAAAAGGAAAAGAAAAUUUGGAACAAAAGAAAAAAAGGCCUUAUGUUCUUUCUAUCCAUAUAUACCAUGCCAACCCAUUUACAAGUUCCAAGAAAAGAAAACAUUUUUGGCUUAAGAGAGAAACAACAAAGAGCUCCUCAGCUUCCUCUGUUCUUCCAUGUGCACAAACACUAUGAUGUUGGUAGCAUCUCUGUCUUCUCUAUUCAGAGAAACUCCAGCUGCUGCUACCAUAGCUUUGGUACAAAGCCAAUUAUCGUUCGAGUAGAAGUCUGAAAUCUUCAAACUCCAUUGCCAGAAUCACCUUACAAUUACACUUUUCUGUUCCGAUGAAUUCUUUAAAUGGGGUUGCGAAGAAGCCCCAGAUUCGAAAGGUGGCGAGCUUGUUCAGGGCGAUCGAGAUUUGUGUUCUUUUGGUGGUGCUGACAAGGAUUUUCGCUCAACUCCCAGUUGCUGUCAAGAGCUCUGGUGAAUAUUUCAAGGACUUCACAGUUGUCCUUUUUAGUCCUCGCUCUGUUUUCAUAAUUGGCAACCUAAUAGUUGUCAUUCUUUAUCUAAAGUCAGGACAGUUUUCAGCUCAAAAAUUUACCGGGAAGAAUCCGAGAAAGGAUUGUUUUGAAGAGUUUUUCGAGAAGGGUGAAAAGAUUCAGAAGCACCGAGAAAAGCAGAUCAUUUGUGAAGAAAAUGCAGCUAGGGAAGGCCCCCAUACUUGUAAAAGCAAUAGUUACAGGAGAAGCCAAUCAGAAAAGUUUCAGGGUGUCAAUAUUGACAAAUCAUGCCGGCAACUGAGGCGAUCAGCUACAGAGAAUUGCAGGAAAAGUACAAAUUCUGUGGACAAAUCGGCCAAAAUUUUAUAUCCAGAAGAUCAUAUGAGUAAUGAAGAGUUCCGGCGGACGAUUGAAGCUUUCAUUGCAAGGCAGCAGAGGUUUCGCAGGGAAGAAGAGUACUCUGUGAUCUAAAAAUUACAUAAAUAAUGCAUAAACAAAUCUCUCUCUCUUGAACUUUCCAGUUUCUUCUUGAUAUUACAGAUAAUGGAAAAUCUCUAGGAAAACAAAUUCAGCCUCUUUUUGUUAAUUUAUCAAAAUUAAGUCUCUUGCAUGGGCUGGCUUCCAGAGGGAGUCCUGGGAAUCUGAUCCGAUCUUGUGUGAUGUCAAAAGCAAAUAGGCACCGUAUUCUGAGAGCAUUUCUUGGUAAUUUGAUAGGCAUACAUAAGAA